GUUCGGUUGCUAGGGGGCGGGGCCCGGCUGCCCGCCAGGCUUGCCACCCUAGCAGCGGAGUGGUGGGGUCUGUACGUGGUGGCCACUUUCUCAGCCGCGAGGAUGGAGGCGUCACGCUGCCGACUCGGACCCCGCGGGGACAGUGCCUUUGAAGAUGAGACCAUGAAGCUUCGACAGCUGAAACUAGAUAAUCAGAGAGCACUGCUGGAGAAGAAGCAGAGAAAAAAGCGCCUCGAGCCACUCAUGGUACAGCCAAAUCCAGAAGCCAGGCCACGUCGGUCAAAGCCAAGAGGUAGUGAGGAGCAGACUCCUUUGGUGGAACCUCAUACCCCUAACAACAAUGUCAUCCUGCAUGGCAUUGAUGGUCCAGCUGCUUUCCUGAAACCAGAUGCUCAAGAUUCAGAGACCAAACUUCACGUUCUCUCAGUUGGCUCUUCUGCUACGGAAGAGGAUACUGAAGGGAGUGUUGAUGGGGAAUGCACUUCGGAUGUGGCUCCCAAGCCAGAUCUUCAGGAGAUUCUCCAAAAACACGGUAUCUCAGGUAGUUUGAACUUCGAUGAGGAGGAGACUGAUGAGGAGGAGGAAGAAGGAAAAAAAUUGAGAUCUCAUUCACCAUAUUCAGAGGCAGAGAGACCCAAUUCUGCACCCAGCCAGAAAUCAACCACAGAGACGGGAGCUUCCGGUACUACUGCCCAACAAACCGAUAACCAGCUGGGAGAAGUAGAGAAUUUAGAGGACUUUGCUUAUAGUCCUGCCCCUCGAGGUAUCACAGUAAAGUGUCGGAUAACCAGGGAUAAAAAAGGAAUGGAUCGGGGUCUCUUCCCCACUUACUAUAUGCACUUGGAAAAGGAUGAAAAUCGGAAGAUAUUUCUUCUUGCAGGUAGAAAGCGGAAAAAGAGCAAAACAUCCAACUACCUUAUCUCUACUGAUCCAACAGAUUUAUCUCGCGAAGGGGAAAGUUAUAUUGGCAAACUCAGAUCCAACCUCAUGGGGACCAAGUUUACAGUUUAUGACCAUGGUGUCAGCCCAGCCAAGGCCCAAGGUCUGGUAGAAAAGGUCUAUACCCGGCAGGAGCUGGCAGCCGUCUGUUACGAAACGAAUGUACUUGGAUUUAAAGGUCCUAGGAAAAUGUCUGUGAUCAUUCCAGGGAUGAAUAUGAAUCAUGAACGGAUCCCAUUUCGGCCACGAAAUGACCAUGAGAGCUUGCUUUCAAAAUGGCAAAACAAAACCAUGGAGAACUUAAUUGAGCUGCACAACAAGGCCCCAGUCUGGAAUGAUGACACUCAGUCCUACGUCCUGAACUUCCAUGGCCGGGUCACUCAGGCAUCUGUGAAGAACUUUCAGAUAGUCCAUGAAAAUGACCCUGACUAUAUAGUCAUGCAGUUUGGACGUGUGGCAGAUGACGUGUUCACCCUGGACUAUAAUUACCCACUGUGUGCACUUCAGGCCUUUGCCAUUGGGCUUUCUAGCUUUGACAGCAAGCUAGCGUGUGAAUGAGACAGAAAGCAUGCACAGAGCUCGGCUUUCUCACUACAGAGCUUUCAGGAGCAGAUAGUUGCCUCCCUUGCUCUUGCCCCUGGACAUGAAAGAAAAACAGUCUGCCCCUUUUGGAAUGAUUCCUGAAUGUAUGUAUGUAUGUAUGUGUAUAUAUACAUAUAUGUUUGUGUAUGUACAUAUAUACGUACACACGUAUAUGUACAAACACACACAUACCACUUUUCUGGGUUUCAGAGACCUGAUCAAAGACUACAAUUUAACAUAGGUGAGAGAUUAUUCAAAGCAUAGGGCGGUUCUUGUUCAGAGCACAUUGGUGACUCCUGGGAUUAUUGCCUAACAGAUUCUGUGCCUCAAGCGUCAGAUUUCCUAAGCCUGGAAGCUUGCAGCUAGAAUCAGGUUGUAACGAUUAAAUAUUUGGGUCUGUUUUUUGAAGACCUUUUCAGAGAGGGUCAGUUCCCUAAAUUGCCUUUAGUCUCCAGGGCUGCAAAGUUUUCCUGUAAAUGGCCAGACAGUCUCUCUCAUAUCUACUCAGCUCUGUCCUUAUAGUGCAAAGGCAGCCAUAGCCAAUUCAUAAUGAACAAGUGUGGCUGUGUGCCAGUGAAACUGUAUUUACAGAGCCAGGCAGCAGGCCAGAUUUGGCUUGGGGCUGUAUUUGCUAACCUCUGCUUCAGGUAUGCCUCUAUAAUCUCUGGACUUGGGCAUCUUCCAAAAUGGUCCUUUGGUCAUGAGGUGAGUGGGAAAUGGAUAUCUCUAUGAAGCAACAGCCCUAACAGAUUGGAUCCAAAGAAAUACUCAGCUGCAUCCACUGUUAUGUAGCAUUACCUCAUUUUGGUGACAGUGGUUUCUAGAGUAUCAUUUACCAUCAGAACUGAGAACCCAAAGUUAUCAUUAGAGUUAAUUUGUUGUCUGCAUGGGGCUUAGAAGGUACUGAUGUCACAGUCUCCCUCUUCCCUUUCUUUCCUCAGAGCAGAUUGGCUGGCACCAAUCUCAGUCAAAGUGGCUGUGGGCAAGUUUGUGGUCAAUGAUGAGAGGAUUUUAUACAAUUGUUUCAAUUUCAGUUUAGACUGAAAACAUAAACUCAAGAGGUGACUUAGUCUAGUUAGUCUGAGAGUUAUUUGACCAUUGCCUUCAUUUUCAACCCAAGAGUGCCUCCCACACUGUUUUACUAUGAAGCUGUUAGUAUAGAAGGACACACACACCUGUAGACCAUAUAAGAGGUCAGAGAUCAUUAUAUACUGAAACUUGUCAUUAUCAAGAGUUGGCAGCAGAGGCUUUGGUGAGAACCAGCCAGCUGACUCUUGAGCUCUGCAGACCUUGUUGGGCAGAGCUUUGGGCCUUUCUUCUUGACAUAAAUAUUAGCUCCGGAAAGCCUGGUUCAUUGGUACAGAUCAAGCUCCUGUCACUUUUCCUUCACAGAUCAUGAAUUUUGCUGUUGUCCAAAUUAUUAGCACCUCCCAACAAAUCAUGACUCUUACCAGUUUACCAGUCCCAGAAUACAUCUGAAUCUUGAGAAUCCAAGAACUUUGUGAGUUCUGCAUUUGGCAUUAAUCAACUGCCAAGCCUUUGUGCACUGAGCUGUUUACCAGCACGGGGCAAGGAAUCAGUGGCUGUUGCUCCAUUAUAUUUCCCUUCUAUGGACUUCCUUUUUGUCUCCUCUUCCAAUGUUCCUUGAUCCACAUCAAAUAGCAAUGUGAAGGAAGGAGAUCUGUGAGAUGAAAAGGCCCUCACUCUUCCCCCACUGGCCAAUCCUACCUGCUCUGCUUUAACCUGAUUUGUUUCCAUCUCAGGCAUGUUUCCCAUCAAGUGCCUCAUUCAUAGAAGUGCCCAAAGCCCUUCAGACCUCCGGCACCACCAUCAUGAUGUACUGUCUAAUAAGCUGCCCUCGUUGAAAGCAAAAAGCUGUUCACUUAUCUCUGGUUGCAGUAGAUGACAGCAUCUGGGGAAGGGGAGCCUUGUGGGCCGACCAGAUCUAAACUUGCUUCUUCCUGCUCACUCUGGCUCAGAGACGUAUAUAUACCCCAGCUUCAUGUACUUGCUGCUUGAGUGUGCAGGUGAUUGGUUUUACAUGAAUCAUAUUUAUAUAUUUUGUAAGCUACAGAAAUAAAAAUAAUUUAUAUAAAAA